AGUUUAAAAAAAAAAUCACAUUAAAAAAUAAUAAAAAAUAAAAUAUCGUCUCCAAUAAACCAAAAAAACAGUAUUUAUAUGAAACGAACCAAACACAGCAUAACACAACACAACACAACACAACACAAUUCAAUUCAAAAGGCAAAGGGGGUUUGGUCGUGUUAGGUUACCUCUGUGACAUUUGUUCAGUUAGUUGCGCCUCACACUCACAAAUCGUUAGAAUCUGUUAUAGAAAAGAAAAACAAAGAUGGGUAGCUCAGGUUUCUCAUGGAAAUUACCUGAUCAUCCUAAGCUUCCUAAGGGAAAGACAAUUGCUGUUAUUGUUUUGGAUGGAUGGGGUGAGGCUAAUCCAAAUGAAUAUAACUGUAUCCACAACGCCGAAACACCGACCAUGGAUUCACUUAAAAAGGGGGCUCCUGAACAUUGGAGAUUGGUUAGGGCUCAUGGUAAAGCUGUAGGACUUCCAACAGAGGAUGAUAUGGGAAAUAGUGAAGUUGGUCAUAAUGCACUCGGUGCCGGUCGCAUCUUUGCUCAAGGUGCGAAGCUUGUUGACCUUGCUCUAGAAUCUGGAAAGAUUUUCGAAGGAGAUGGUUUCAAUUACAUCAAGGAAAGUUUUGAAACUGGCACAUUGCAUCUCAUUGGACUACUGAGUGAUGGUGGAGUUCACUCCAGACUUGAUCAAGUGCAGUUGUUGCUAAAAGGAGCUAGUGAGCGAGGUGUUAAAAGAAUCCGUCUCCAUAUUCUUACAGAUGGUCGUGAUGUUUUGGAUGGCUCAAGUGUGGGUUUUGUGGAAACCCUUGAAAAUGAUCUUGCAAAAUUGCGUGAGAAAGGUAUUGAUGCAAAGAUUGCAUCAGGUGGAGGUCGUAUGAAUGUCACAAUGGAUCGUUAUGAGAAUGACUGGAGUGUUGUGAAACGAGGAUGGGAUGCUCAAGUUCUUGGUGAAGCACCGUUUAAGUUUACAAGUGCUCUAGAAGCUGUGAAGACACUGAGGGCAGCACCAAAGGCCAAUGACCAGUAUCUUCCUCCUUUUGUUAUUGUUGAUGAGAGUGGAAAAUCUGUUGGUCCAAUAGUUGAUGGUGAUGCUGUUGUUACAUUUAACUUCCGGGCAGAUCGUAUGACUAUGCUUGCCAAGGCUCUUGAGUAUGAAAAGUUUGACAAUUUUGAUAGAGUACGCUUCCCUAAAAUCCGUUAUGCUGGUAUGCUUGAAUAUGAUGGUGAAUUGAAGCUUCCACGCCAUUACCUUGUUUCUCCACCAGAGAUUGAUAGGACUUCUGGUGAAUAUUUAGUGCAUAAUGGCGUUCGCACUUUUGCCUGCAGUGAGACUGUUAAAUUUGGCCAUGUGACAUUUUUCUGGAAUGGAAACCGAUCUGGAUAUUUUAAUGCGGAUCUGGAGCAAUAUGUUGAGAUUCCAAGUGACUCUGGGAUUACAUUCAACGAACAACCAAAAAUGAAGGCAGUGGAGAUUGCUGAGAAGGCAAAGGAAGCAAUUCUUAGCGGGAAAUUUGAUCAGAUACGUGUUAACCUACCAAACGGUGACAUGGUGGGACACACAGGUGACAUUGAAGCAACAAUUGUGGCUUGUAAGGCCGCUGAUGAAGCUGUUAAGAUUAUUCUCGAUGCAAUUCAGCAAGUAGGUGGAAUUUAUGUUGUCACUGCUGACCACGGUAAUGCAGAAGAUAUGGUCAAGAGGGACAAGGCUGGAAAACCUCUACUAAAGGAUGGAAAAGUUCAGAUUCUUACUUCUCAUACUCUUGAGCCAGUACCAAUUGCGAUUGGAGGUCCUGGAUUGGCUCCUGGUGUGAGGUUCCGCAAUGAUGUUCCCACCGGUGGGUUGGCCAACGUAGCUGCAACUGUGAUGAAUCUUCAUGGAUUUGAGGCUCCUAGUGACUAUGAGACAACUCUCAUAGAAGUAGUUGAUAAAUGAGGAAGCAAUAGAUGAUGAAUUACAAUUUUCAGCAAACUUGAAAUAAUUUUGAACUUUCCAUUCCUCCACACAUGUUUGUGGACUUUUGUUCUUAUGAAAUGGCUGUAUCAGUCUGCGGUUGACAGAACAUUAUACUAGUUGAUUACACUUUUGAAUGCAAUUUUUUGUUUUCAACUUUAA